AAUAAAUUCCAAGAACAGUCACCACAACUCUUCAAUCCAGCUGAAUGAAAUGGCGGGUUCUGACAGUGACUGGAGCAGGGUGAACGUCAGUAACUCUACGGGUGCGAACGUGACGGUCCCCGAGCCGUACGUGGGCGCAGCCGCCAUCCUGGAGAACCUGGCGGUCUCCGUCCCCACCAUCCUCACCUACGCCGUCUGCUUCCUUCUCGGCACCGUCGGGAACGUGCUGGUGGUCUUCUCCGUGGCGCGUUUCCGGCGGCUCCGCUCCACCACCAACUACCUCCUGGGGAACCUGGCCACGGCGGACCUGCUGAUCGUGGCGCUGUGCGUGCCCGUCAAGGCGGCCGAGUUCUUCCUGCCGGCCUGGGAGCUGGGCGGCUUCCUGUGUAAGGCCACGGCACUCCUGCAGUUUCUGUCCGUCAUCUGUUCCGUCCUCACGCUCACAUGCAUCUCCAUUGAAAGGUACUUUGCCAUCAUCCACCCGAUGCAGAUCCGGAGCGUGUUCACGGUGGGGCGUGCGCGCCUGCUCAUCGCCGCGAUCUGGGUCGUGUCCUUCCUGCUGGCCAGCCCCGCUCUCGUCUCUCAGACGCUGGUGGAGUAUGACUGGGGAACGGGAGAGCUGGUGUACCACUGUCAGCAGGUCUGGCCCACCGACACACACCGCCAGCUCUACUCCAUCUACGGCCUGCUCCUGCUCUUCGUGCUGCCCAUGGCGACCAUGGCGCUGUCCUACGGCAGGAUCAUCAGGGAGAUCCUCAAGAGGCGCAGGAAGGUACUCAGACAGAGGGUGGCGGGGACGGCGGAUGAGGCAGAAGAGAAGCACAGCGGGUCGUUCGUGCGGCAGGAGACGCUGGAGGAUUUCCUGGCAUUGCCGCACAUCCGCGCCGAGCUCUCAGCAGCAACCACAUGCGACGAGACGGCAGACAAACCGGUGCAGAAGUUACGGAUAGGAGAGGUUAACAAGGGGUACGAACUCAGCCCCAGAAAUUCUAACAACCCACUAGGCGCAGCUUCAAACGAGGAAAAUCGUGUUGGAGAGAGAAACGAUUCCGGAGAAGAGGAGACACCAACGUCUACUGAUGAGGAUCAGAUGCCCGCACGGAAGUCAUCCAAAGACCUGGUGAGGAAACACAAGUCCCUUCCCGUGGUGCUGACAUCUUCCGGGAAUUCCCGCACGCCCGACCGGCUCGAACAGCGCCGCAACACCGAAGCAGACACGCUGGACCACCCGCUCCUCCUGCCGCAGCACUCCAAGGAAGAAGUCCGGGAGAGGUGCUUCUUGGAGCGGCUGUGGAGCUUCCGGAGGUCCGUGUCGUGCCGGGGAAGGCCCAGGACGUCCUCAGAGGAGACAGACAAGGCGCUGGCCGGAAGGAGGAGGGUGAAGCGGGUUGGAGUGAAACGGGACUCCAGCCUGGCCGGAAACUUCUACAAGUCCACACACGUGCUGGCAGACGAGGAAGGCGUUAAAAUCUUGCGGAUGCUGCUGGUGGUGGUGUUUGUGUUCGCCCUGUGCUGGGGUCCCCGCCUCAUCCUGCUGACCCUGACCAAGUUUAACCUGGUGAACGUUCACACCGAGCUGGUAUACGCCCUGGACAUCACCUUCCACCUGCUGACGUACCUCAACAGCUGCGUCAACCCCGUCUGCUACGCCUUCAUGUCACGACACUUCAGACAGAGCUUCAAAGACACAAUGUCUUCGGGCUGUAAGAAGAAAGCCCUCGGUCGCCAAGGAACUCCGGACAUCCUCCUGACCAGCUACUCCUCCAGACGCCGCCAGCUGGACAUCACGGCCACGGUGUGUGGACUGACCGACGCCGGGACCACGCUGACCGGCCGGCCGAGCACAAGCACGGGGCCGUCCACGCGUAUCUCUGUCACCAGCUACGGCCGCACCAGCACGGCUACAGCACCGAACAACAUGUGCAUCACUACAGAGGUUUAG